UGGUCCGCAUGUAAACAAAGCAGCGGAUCGAUGGAGACAGACUCGGAUCAAUAAGAGGAUCACUGCACUCUGUCCUUCCUCUGAUCCGGAUCCACAGUCUGUGUGUUGGUAGUCUGUGAUGGAGCUCUGCUCAGACUGAACCGGAACCAGCAUCAUGUCCAUGGAAGACCCGUUCUUCGUCGUCAAAGGUGAGGUACAGAAGGCAGUGAACGCAGCACAGAGUCUCCAUCACAGAUGGAGCGAGCUGUUGCAGGAGGGGGGCGGAGCCUCCAAGGAGGAAAUGGACUGGACAACCAAUGAGCUGAGGAAUAGUCUGCGCUCCAUCGAGUGGGACCUGGAGGACCUAGACGAGACCAUCAGCAUUGUCGAGUCCAACCCAAAGAAGUUCAACCUGGAUGCAGCGGAGCUGUCAAAGAGGAAAGCUUUCAUCACCAGCACCAGACAGACUGUCAAGGAAAUGAAAGAACAGAUGUCGAGUCCAACUGCUGCAUCAGUGGACAGAAAGAACACACAGGCUCUACUCGGUGAACGUGGUGCUCAGGGUCCGAUCUGGCAGCCCGGUCCUGAUAAAUACGGCCGACUGGACCGCCAACUGCAGAACGCCAACUCUCAGUUUAUAGAUGAGCAGCAGGGCCAGCAGCAGCUGAUGGCGGAGCAGCAGGACGAACAGCUGGAGCUUGUGUCGGGAACCAUCGGAGUCCUGAAGAACAUGUCUGAGAGGAUCGGCAUGGAGCUGGAUGAACAGGCUGUGAUGUUGGAUGACUUCACUCAUGAGGUGGACAACACUCAGUCCAGACUGGACAACGUCAUGAAGAAACUGGCCAAAGUGUCUCACAUGACCAGCGAUCGUCGUCAGUGGUGUGCUAUCGGCGUGUUGCUCACAAUCCUCUUCGUGGUCAUCCUCCUCUUAAUCAUCCUGUGAUUGAUUCCUCCUCCGGUCAGGACAGAACUCUUCUUAAAUCUGUGUCUACUGAGCUCUACUGAACUUUACUGGACUCUACUGAUCUUAUUUAAAUUCUCAUGGGCUUUACUGGACUCUCCUGGACUCUACUGAACUCUUAAGGACUUUACUGGACUCACAGACAGACUUUAGUGGACCGCACUGUGUUUACAAGACUUUGCAGGACUUUCUUGGACUCUAUUGGACUCUUCCAGAUUUUACUGGACGUUCUCUUUCUGCUGAGUUGGACUUAAAAGGCACUUUGGUUCUUGAGUGUUUGACUGUUAAAAUCGUCGCAAAGGUCAAACCAGGUGGAAACAUGCUAAUGUGUUUUAAUGUUUCAUGUUUGUUGUAUUUAAAGGGCUGAAAUUAACCAUAAAAGUAAAAUCCCAGAUUAACUCUGACUUUAGUAACUUUGACACCUGUUUAACUCCACUAUGUUUUAACCCUAGUUUGACUCCAGUUUAACGCCAUUUUAAUUCUAAUUUAACAUCAGUUUAACUCCCGUUAUAAUCCAGUUUAACUCAGUUUAAUUCCAGUUCAACUCCAGUUUAACUCUAGUUUAACGCUAGUUUAACCCUAGUUUUACUCGAGUUAAUUUUAGUUUAACUCCAAUUUAACUUUAGUUUAACUCCAGUUAAUUCGUUUACAUUUAGUUUAACUAGUUUAACUCAGUUUAAUUCUAGUUUAACUCAAGUUUAACUCUAUCUUAACUCCAGUUAAACUCUAGUUUAACUCAACUCUUACUCCAUUUUAGCUCAACUUUAACUCCAGUUUAACUUCAGUAUAACUAGUUUGAACCUAGUUUAACUCCAAUUUAACUCUAGUUUAACUCAGUUUAAUUUUAGUUUAACUCAAGUUUAACUCAAUUCUUAAUUCCAUCUUUACUUUAGUUUAACUCCAGUUUAACUUCAGUUUAACUCUAGCUUAACUCAACUUUAACUCUAACUUAACUCAACUUUAACUCCAUCUUAACUCCAGUUUAACUCCAGUUUAACUCAAUAGUUUCUCCACUUUAACAAUUCUUGAAUCCAAGUUUAAACCUUCAAUUUAUAGAAAUACUUAAAAUGACCAUUUGUAUAUAGGUAACUCACCCUGUGUUGCCCUGAAUUCAUGAGGAAAAUCAUCUUUGCCUCCAUAGUGAAGAAAGAAUCAAUAAACUGAGCAAGUUCUUGAUGGAUUAUAGUAAAUGGGGCCCAUGUUUGACCGUAGGAAAACUAUAUAAAACAUCCGCUUAGAAACUCUCACACAACUCGUGCAGUAUAAUCCAAGUCUCGUUGAUCCAGUAGUUUUCUCUGUACUUCCCAAAUAAAAGCAUAUUUGCUUAAACCUCACUAUUAACACACGUUUAUGCAGAAGUGUUCUCUAUUUACACCAAGUAUAACUCUAAACUUGAAUAACAUUUUUAACUCUAUUCAACUCAACUCGAUUUUAUCCUGGUUUGACUCGUGUUAACUCAGGUUUAAUCCUAGUUUAAAUUCAGUUUAUAUCAGGUUUAGUUCUUUAUUAAAUCACUUCAGUCUUGGUUAAACUUCAGUUUAACUCUGUUUGAUCAGUCUGAGGUUGGAGUUUGUUCGAAAACAAUGUAAAAACACUAAAACUUCCUAUUUGUGUUUACAUUUUGUGUGUUUUUGUUUUACUGACUGAAUCUUUUUUUUAUGUUUAAUGGCAUAUUUUACUAUAUUUUGUUUCUUCCUGUUUGAUAUCAAUUGAACGAGACUUUCUACACAUUGUCCCAACCCAUCAGAUUAACGGUACGCGUGCCGCUGAAAUCUCACGUCGGUUUCCUGUUGAUAUUUUGAUGAAAUCAAACAUAGUGUUCAGAACUCUGAAAAUAAAACUCAGAUACUCUCAAAUAGAGAGAUUAUAAACACAUUUACCUGUGGCGCCUAAUAUCUGUAAUUCAGUGUUAUCUGUUUUAACUCUUCAUAAAGCCGUCCUAUAAUUUCACUACAUUAUUCAGUAUUUCUGUAUUUCCUUUUAGAUUUCAUAUUUGAUUAUGAAUUAUUUUUAGUAUAUUUAUUCGAUAGAUUUUCACAAAUGAAAGAGAACGUUUUUCAGGUUCUUCUUAUGCUACUUAUUGAGAAAUAACUCCAUCCAUGUUUUUUAGAACUGUGCUUCUGAAACAGAGACUUAAAUUAGUAAUAAUAAUAAAUAUAAUAAUAAUAACCAUGCCAUAUUUUGUUGUCACAUCUGGAAUCGGACCAGCAGAACAGAUCAAUGAGUGAAUUACUGCUGAAUAAAAGAAAUCUAGUUUGAAGUUACUGUUUUAAAAAUAUGUUAUUGAUUGGUGAAUAAAAACAUCAUCUUUCUGUCUUAAUUAAUUUUUUUUUCUGGAUAUCAGCAGCUUGGUGCAGUGAAGUUGUAUUUUAUUUCAAUAAACUGAUACAGAAA